AUUGUUUGAUCCUUAUUUGUCAUUAAAUAGAAACUAAAUGCUUCUCUAGAGUAUGCUAGCAUUUAGCAGUUUCCUACUCUGCAGCUCGAUGGUGAAAAUCCUGUGGAAAUGGUUCUUGUGAUGACUGUGGAACCUGGAUUUGGUGGACAGAAGUUCAUGCCAGAAACAAUGGAUAAGGUAUGCACACUCAGAAAGGCGUAUCCAUCACUUGAUAUAGAGGUGGAUGGCGGUUUGGAGCCUUCAACCAUUGACGUGGCGGCUUUCGCAGGAGCAAACUGCAUUGUUGCGGGAAGUUCAGUUUUAGGAGCUUCUGAGCCAGCCCAAGUUAUAUCACUUUUGAGAAAGAGCGUGGAGGAAGCCGAUAAAGGCAAGAUACUUGCAGGAUGAUUGAAUAAACGCAUUUACUGUGUACACUAAUGAUCUGUUAAUGUUUUACUAUAUGAAAUAAAUGAUGUAAUGAAAUAAUAGGUUUUGCUAGUGUUAUGCUUUGUUUUGGCAUUUUUGUACUUUUUGGUGAAGCUCAUACACAGUUUUUCUGCAAACUGUAAGUUUAAGUGAAGGUUGAAGUUGAAUCAUGUCAAUGUUGUUUUGCAUAUUCUCAAUAAAUGUAGGGUAGAAG